AUGGAGACGGACAAUGGCAAGGGCUUGAUACUAGCUGUGGCGUCUAGUAUUUUCAUUGGUUCCAGCUUCAUUUUGAAGAAGAAAGGUCUCAAGCGAGCUGGCGCUAAUGGAACUCGAGCAGGGUAUGGAGGUUAUACAUACUUAUUAGAGCCUCUUUGGUGGGCGGGCAUGGUGACAAUGAUUGUUGGAGAAGCCGCCAACUUUGUGGCAUACAUUUAUGCACCAGCUGUACUCGUCACUCCUCUUGGUGCUUUAAGUAUAAUCAUCAGUGCUGUUUUAGCACAUUUCCUGUUGAAGGAAAAAAUCAAGAAAAUGGGGGUUCUGGGAUGUGUGUCUUGCAUCGUGGGGUCUGUUGUUAUUGUCAUUCACGCACCUCAGGAGCAGACUCCUAAUUCCGUUGAAGAAAUAUGGAUUCUCGCUACUCAGCCAGCUUUUCUAACCUACGUAGCCGUAACCAUGUCGAUUGUCCUUGCUUUAAUUCUGCACUUUGAACCUCUGUGCGGCCAAACAAACAUUCUGGUUUACAUUGGAAUCUGUUCGUUAAUGGGCGCUCUUACUGUAAUGAGCAUAAAGGCUAUUGGAAUUGCGAUAAAAUUAACAAUAGAGGGAGUAAGCCAGAUCGGGUAUCCACAGACCUGGCUUUUUUUCAUGGUUGCAGUGACCUGUGUUGUUACACAAUUGAUAUACCUGAACAAGGCGUUGGACACAUUCAAUGCAGCGAUUGUUUCUCCAGUGUACUAUGUAAUGUUCACAACCCUCACAAUUGUUGCCAGUGCAAUAAUGUUUAAGGACUGGUCUGGGCAAGACGCAGCCAGCGUAGCCUCAGAGAUUUGUGGAUUCAUCACAGUGCUCACAGGCACAAUGAUACUCCACGGCACCAAGGAAGAGGAACAACAACAACAAGCUUCUUCAGAAUUGAUAUUUGGGUCUGCAGAAAGAGUAAGAUGGUAUGAGUCAAGAAAGAGCACGAACGAAGAACAUCUGAUAAGUCUGUACAGUCCUGAAUACUAG